CCUGUGCCUGCCCGUGCCUGACUCGGAUGCUGUAACGCAGCGACGUCUUUGGCGACGUCAAGGCCAGCUAGGCGGAUUAAUGUGCGCAUUGAGUUGUUUAGAUGUCGGUCAGCGUGGCUCGUGGCGUAGCGAACGUCGAUGAGGCAGAAAGUUUCGGUUGGGCAUUGUUGAAGUCUCUUUGCGGUGUGCCUCAGGCAGCUGUUGGCGCGCAGGCCGAGUGACAGUGUUAGGGUACGAGUAGCAGCACCCGUUAGCAACUUGACCUGACGUGACCCACUUGGAAGUUUCCAGGUGGCUAUGUAGGUGCCAUCCGCUAACAUGAGCACUGCAAGUACCGAUGGCCCCUGCGAACGGCGCUACUGCUGGGUGUGCUUCGCAUCGGAAGACGAAGAGCGCGACGCAGCUUGGGUGCAGCCGUGCAAGUGCCGUGGAACGACGAAAUGGGUGCACCAGGCGUGCCUGCAGCGAUGGAUCGACGAAAAGCAGGGCGGCAACAGUGCAGCGAAAGUGGCGUGCCCGCAGUGCAGCAGCGAAUACGUGGUAGUGCUGCCCAGGCUCGGGGGUCCCGUGUAUCUGCUGGAUCUGAUGGAUCGGAGCGUGUACCGCGCGUGCCCGUUUGUAGCGGCAGGACUACUCAUGGGAUCGGUCUACUGGACGGCCGUCACGUACGGCGCCGUGACAGUGAUGCAAGUGCUGGGCCACAAGCAAGGCCUGAGUGUCAUGGAGCAAGCCGACCCACUUUUCCUGCUCGUCGGCCUGCCAAGCAUCCCCGUAGUACUGGUGCUGGCGCGCAUGGUGCGCUGGGAGGACUACCUGCUUCGACUGUGGUGGCGGCGAUCGGCGCCGCUGUCCAAGCGGUUGCUGCUUGUGGUGCCGCCGCAGGAUCCGUUGUCAGCCACGAGGCUGCUGUGCGGCGCCUUGCUUCUGCCCACUGUGGCCAGCCUGGUAGGUCGGCUCUUCUUCGGCCGGCUGGCGCCCUCGCAGCGUAGCCUGCUUGGCGGCCUAGCGUUUGUCGCCCUCAAGGGUGCCGCAAAGAUCUACCUCAAGCGGCACCAGUACCUACGCCAGUGCAGCCGCCACGUGCUCAACUACGAGCAGCGCCAGGCUCCGCCACCUUAGGUCUGCGCGUAAACACAGGGAUUUGUAACUUUGGAUAUUUUGAAGCCACUGCGGUAGUGGCCGGUUUGUUUCUCAUUCCCGACACCAUCGACCGUCACGGAAACCUUCAUUUGUGGCCUGCUAAAGGGCAUAUUUCAAUCGACUAGUUCUUUGGAAAUGAUAACUGGUACACAUGCUGUGCAAGAAUAACUACUUCUGUGAGCUACAAAAAUAAGUUGUUGCUCCGGUUCAGCAGGAUUUUAGAAUCAGGAUUUUGAUUGGGGGGGGAGAAAAUAAAUAUUAGUGUUGUGCCACAAAUAAUUCUGAUAGCAUGUAUUCUACUUGCCGAUGUUUGAAAUAAAAUAUGUGAUACUGUGGUUGUUAUAUGUAAAGAAUACCGUUAGGAUGAUUUAACAUCUAGUUUCAAUGCAUGUACCAUUGCGCUCAGUAUGAGCUACACUAUGUGAGCGCGUGGCCAAGUGCGCUGCAAGGUUGUACAGUGCCAAUCACGGCGUAUUUUCAAAUUAUUGAGAGAAAGUUUGGUUGUUCCUGCGAAUGUGCAUUGCCCUCGCUUGCUUGCUUUCACCCUUGAUGUUGAUGAUUUCAAAGCUGAUAUAGCCACAGCACCAAACGUGGGUGAGCGUAAAAGUAAAUGGAGGCGAUGCACACUCGCAGUAACAGUCAAACACUUCCUUGGUGGCACGACAGCAUGUCGUGAUCGGCGCAACUGUACAAGUCGAAAACGUGCUUGACCACUCCUGCAAUGUAGCUCACACUGAGCAGAAUGGUGCAAUGAAAAUGUCGGCAAAGUUGCUUUGCACUGGACGCACAUAACUUGUGUUCAGAAAGUCCUUGUUCAGAUCAAGAUUUAGCAGCCUGUUUUUUGCCCUGGCUGCUCUUGUAAUCGGUUACUGUAUCAACCCAAACUGUGUGGAUCGUGCCUUAACUGCCUUCUCAUUGCACCUACGCAACAUUACUCAGCUCCAUAUUUUUUCUACUGUUAACCUAGUUUAUUUAGCCAAACAAAUUGUGGUUUGCUGCAUCCUUCAUAUUUGAUCGAGCUAAUGAAUUACUGAACUGAACAUGGAAAGCAGAAGAGUAGGUCUGAAAAUUAAUAUGCACAAAACUAAAGCAAUGUGCAACAGUCUCGGCAGAAGACAGCACUUUGCGAUAGGUGGAAAGACGCUGAAAGUUGUAAAAGAAUAUGUCUACGGUAUUUAGAACAGGUAGUAACCACAGAGCUGAACCAUGACAGUGAAAUAACUAGUAGAAUAAAAUAAAGAUGGGGUGGAUCAGAUUCGGCAAGCAUUCUCAAAUCAUGAAUGGUAAUCUGCCACUAACCCUCAAGAGGAAGGUAUAUUGGCCUGGUGUGCGACCGAUGGUGGCUCUGCGAACCGCGCUUGUAUGACAUCAGUUCGAGGAUUCGCGCCCUUUCGAGGCCCGGCAGCGCAUAGAAACUACCAUCAUGGUAAAACUCUGCAAAGAUGCAGUUCAAUUGGUUAUCUUGUGUGUUGUGGCUACCGAUACUGUUCUAACGACCGUGGGUGUCCGCUUUUAACGCUCAUUUUAAAAGCACAGCGUUUUGUUUCUUGAAACUGCAGCCGCUUGUCUGCGGCGAGUGCUGCGCAAUGGUGAAGUACUGCUCUGUGCCUCUAUAUGAUCACCCACUCGUGAAAAGGGCGUUACCUUUUUUGACUAUUCUAAAAACCCAAAGCUGGGAAAGAAGUGCUGACUCACUCGGAAAGUGAAAGUGCCCCACGCCUUCAUUGACUGUGCGCAGCAAGCACUUCGCUGACAGUGACUUUUGCUAUACCCGCCCUAUGCGCCACUCUUCGUUAACCUUACAACCAUGUUUCAGUGCCUCACGAGUACUUCAGCCAUUCCUUCACACAGGUUACAGGCGUAGGCAACUUACACCCAGUAAGGUGCCGACUGCGAAGUCCCCCUAGGCAGGGAGCCAAUGACGCAGCCUCUGAAUUGUUUCGGGUAAGUGCAGCUGAGCGGCGCCAGACAUCUGAGACUACAGUUUUAUUUGGUUGGUGUACGUACAUAAAUACGUAGUUUACUGAUCAAUACAAGCGCGGGCCGAGCGCACCGCUUACCAUAAAUUCAUAAGCAAAACCUGCUGUCGCUGUUUAGUGCACAUUCACUACAGGCUGUCGCAUAAUCUUUCUGGCCCUGUGCACGGUGUAUACAAUCAGUGAUAGCUAUUGGUUAUAUUCUGAUAUCCGAUCGACGACCCUGUGUGGUAUUAAUAUGACUUAGUGAUGUUGCUCUUAUUGAAUGACUUAUAUGUGGGGUUUAACGUCCCAAAACCACCAUAUGAUUAUGAGAGAUGCUGUAGUGGAGGGUUCCUGAAAUUUCGACCACCUGGGCUUCUUUAACGUGCACCCUAAUCUGAGCACAUGGGCCUACGGCAUUUUAACCUCCAUCGAAAAUGCAGCCACCGCAACCAGGAUUCAAUCCUGUGACCUGUGGGUCAGCAACAGAGUACAUUAGCCACUAGACCACCACGGCGGUGCCGCUUUCACUUAACAAACAUUACUUAGACAAACUGCACUCAUUUGCAUCAGCCAGAGGGUGCAUUAAGGUGGAACUUGCCCCCUUCCGGAGUCACGCCUGCUAUUACCCUUCAAAACUUACUGUGAAGCAACACGGGCUUGCGCCCUGCCGACGCUCAUAAUGGCAAUCCAAGCAGGAUUAUCUCAAGUUUAGUAAUUUGAUGCUGCUUUGCAUUUUUAUUAGAUUCCAUGAACGGUCGAUUCACUGCCGAAGCACCAAUUUAAAUGGCUGCUCUGCAGUAAUUAUCUAAUGUGUUGCUUGCGAAUGCUAGAGUGGCAGAAAUCAGCGAUUCUCACACAUAUCCUCGCGUUCACUGUCACCAUCGUUGCAUUGCAGAAAGAAUAUCCCAAGGAAAAAGGCAGGUGUGCCCUUUUCUUUAGGAUUGUUUUGAAAGCUAAUGUCCUUUUCAUGGGUGGACGAAGCACACUGAGGCACAGAGCCAGCAUUGCGCAGUACUUGAUCACCACGGGCACGUUGUGUGCCGGGUUCUUAAGUUCACGUGUUUUCAGGACCAGAGCCGCGACGGUGAUAUGAUUUCCAUUAACGGCAUCGGCUGCGCACAUUCAACGUCGCCUGGGUCGUACACCACCGUGCCGUCAACGAGACACCGCGACGUUUCGCUUGCUGUAUCUACAUGCUUGUAGAUGCUGGAAAAAGGCACACACAUAGAAACUUCCAAACACCCGAGCUAAUUACUAUCACGCAGCGAAACUACAGGUGACGAGCGAGCACCCUCGCACAUAGUUUCACUUUCUAACCAGCAAUGUGGUCAAUGGCAUCGGCGUGCUUAUAGGCCAUCUAGGAGGUUUCUUGGCCCUGUCGGUUGGGCUGCAACGAAAACAAAUUCAUAAUGGCACUCGAAAACAUUUGUUGUGGGUUGUUGUGGGCGUUAUUUGACGCUUGCGAGGCUGUUUGUUUGAGAAAGUUCCCAUUCGAAGCAGACGAUCCGCGCAUGGGAGCAGAGGCUGCUGCAGCGCGGAGUUCACAAACUGACGUCACAUGCAAGAGGGCGCCACUGCAAAAUCCCGAGAUCAAUAGCAACUGCAUUUUGUCAGUACUUACUCAUGGAGCAGAAACCUGGAGUCUUACCAAGAGGGUUCAGCUUAAAUUGAGGACAAUGCAGCGAGUGGUGGAAAGGAAAGUAAUAGGUGUAACUUUAAGAGACAAGAAGAGAGCAGAGUGGGUCAGGGAAGAAACCGGGGUUAAGGAUGUCAUAGUUGAAAUCAAGAAGAAAUGGACAUCGGCCGUGCCUGUAGCACGUAGGCAGGAUAACCGCUGGUCAUCAAGGGUAACUGACUGGAUUCCCAGUGAAAGCGAAUGCACGAAAAGGAGACAAAGUUAGAUAGGCCGAUAAGAUGAAAAAGUUCGCAGGUAUAACGUGGCAGCAGAAAGAACAAGACUGGGUUGGUUGGCGGAUCAUGGGAAAGGCCUUUGCCCUGCAGUGGGCGUAAUCAGGCUUAUGAUGAUGGCUCUCUUGGAUGCCGAUGUUCUUUCAGUGUUGUAUAAGUUUCUCUCAAUUAAAAAGCUGGGAAGCACUAAGAGCUUGUGUACUCCGAGCAUGCUCAUUUCUUACCAUGUGAAAGCUCAACAUGAAAAUUGGGUCACGCAUCUAGGAGUGAAAUUUAUUGAUAUACAAGACUUGUCAAUAAUUUGCAAGACUUAUGUCAUCAGGCAUUUAAAUGUAGCAAUUUUAAUGGUGGACUCUACCUGGUCAGCUGGCUAAAGGGAGAUGCACAGCCAGCUUACCAAGUAAAACCACAUUUCACAAAACCACUAUGGUUUUAUGGAAAAAUGUAUGUGAAAGCAGUCCCCCUUUCCCCCCCCCCCUUUUUUAUGAGCAUUUGUGAACUAGUGUAACCAGAAAUGUUUUUUAGCUGUUGUAGUAUCCAGUUUUUGAGCGUGUACUUCUGACUAUGUAGUAAGAAGCUGUCCUGCAUCACUUAUAUGUGUGCUAAAGUUGUUGGUAAUUGCUGUAUAAUCUUUGCUUCAGUUCAGAGGCAAUGAAAACUAGUCAAGAAAACUGGCAAUGUACUACAUUUUAUGAAAGAAUGCAGUAUCUUGGGUGUCAAAUCUAGCAUCUAAUUCCUUCGGUUUACCAUUUCUUUUUCACUAUCCUUUAUGUCUUUAAGGUACACUAAAGGCAAACAUUAAGUCGACGUGGUUUGGUGAAGUAGCGUUUCAAAAACCUCUCGCUUGUCAUGUCAAAGAAAGGCCUAAUGUAUGAGUGGUCUGUAUAGUUUAUGUGCAAUUUAAACUGCCUGCCUCCUAGAACAGGUUUCCAACAUAGCUUUUGUCAUGCAUGCCCUUUGUUCAUAUGGCAUAGUGAAACACAGCCCGGCAAAAAUGGAACUUGUGUCAUUUUCUAGGGCAAUGUGAAGUACUUUUUUUUUAAUGAAUCAAACCGAAACGCUCAAGCUACCUUUUAUUCCACUUUGUAAAGCACUCAAAUGUUCUUUUGUCAUCGGUAGUUUGAGUACUUAGAUUCUACUGAGAAACUACGGCAUCAUUGGGCUUGGCCUCGGAAUGCCCCACUGGUGGUGCAAAUGUGGUAGUUUGGGCUAGGUGGUAUGACAUGAUGAUAGUUAUAGCGCGAGAACAGAACGAUGACAAAGAGACAAGAAAGAGCUCCUUUUUGUCCCUUUGUCGUUGUUCUCUUCUCACGCUAUAACUAUCGUCAUAGUGGUACAAGUCAAGUCCUACUAUCUAAAGGGGGGACGCUAUGCGUAGAAUGCGUAGUGUUUUUAAAUGAGCUUCCUAUUAUAAUUUUUAAGCGAGUCAGACUCUGAACAAGACUAGAAGUAAAAAUAUAUUGUAAAUCAAAAAGUUGUAGACAUACAAUUAUGUAAUUUCUAUGGUAGUAUUGUAAAACUAUUUCCAAUAAGUGUACCAAUUUUCAUUGAAAACUAUCAUGAAAUACAAAAGUCGAUAUCGAAAGGCACAUCCUCCCUUAAUUUCUUAAUUGCUGAAGUGCUGCUGUGUAUAAGAUUGAUGUCUUAAACAUUCUCAAGCACUGACCUUUCACUACGACAUAAAAUGUUAUUUGCCUUUAGUGUCCCUCCAAGUGUGACGAAACACUGAUAAAAAAGUGGCAGACCACAACGAGCUAGUUGGAACGGAUUGCCUGAAUUGAACUGCUCAUAGACUGAUACAAGAGAGUUGAGACAAAACAAGCAAGAUAUGUUUGUAGUUGGCUUUGCUUUUGUCCAGGAUCUGUUUAUGCUGCCCAUUACAGACGGCAACGAAUCAUACUUUUUGCAUAGUGCAGAUAAAGGAAUACUGACAUGAAAACUUUCAUUUGUAGUUUUUUGCGUCAAAUGAAAGGCCCAAGUCCUCAAGGGUCUAGAUAUUUUAUUGGUAAGUGCAAAUGCACCCUGAAAAUUGUAAUUACAAUGUGCGUUUAAAAGUUUCAGUUUCUACUGUACCCUGAAGUCUCAGCACGGUAUGAGCUUCAUGUCUCAUGCUCAUUCAAGAUGUAGUGACGUUUCCAUGGCCAAUAGGUUUGUAGCUCUGUUGAUGGCACGUAAGUAGUUAUUUUGUACGUUUUGGUUCCUGGCACGUCCACAACUAGCCAUACUGGUGUGUGAAGUUCCUAGAAUUGAUACUCUAACCUGGGGUCAUGCUAUUGUCACUAUCAACAAGUGCUCCAUGCGAAAAUUCUCUUCAAUGUCAAAAUAAAAUAUUUUAGCAG